AUGGAAGUCAUCCUGUUAUCGAUAGCAUUGGUGUUUCUGGAAUGUAGCCGAGCAGACGUGGCUCAAGAACUACCGAAUCCUUGUGCUGAUGCACCAACAGAAUCUGCUCAGAUAGUGUGCGAGCAGUUGCAUAAAUGGGACAAAGAAGCUCGAGCUAAAUCUCCGGUGGGAUCGUUGGCACCGCUACCACCCGCCAUUGCUGGAAAAAUUCAAAUGGUCGCCGCAGAGCUUUCACCUAUUUCUUCAACUCCAUAUCAGUGCUUGGAUUUAGAAUGCUUAUGCAUUUACUUCAGAGGCCGAGUGCAACCAGGUGGUGUCUGUUAUUUACCGGAUGGAUCUCGAUUAACAAAAGCUAUUCGGAAGGAAUACCGUAUGCUGACAGAUCAAGAAAGGAACAGGUUCCACAAUGCUCUGAAAAAACUCAAAAGUUCAGGAGAGUUUGAAAACAUGGCUUUGAUUCACGGUCGCGCAGCUGUUAGCGGUGGUGCACAUUCUGGACCUGCUUUUCUCCCCUGGCAUCGGGAGUUUUUAAAAAGAUUUGAGAUUGCUCUACGUCAAAUUGACCCAACCGUCGCAUUACCUUAUUGGGAUUCUGUUUUGGAUAGUGGAUUACCGAACCCAUCAGAUUCAAUAUUGUGGACAGACGAAUUCAUGGGUUCAACCAAUGAAGAAGGAGCUGUGACUGGUGGAAAUUUUGCCAAUUUUGUGACAUUCCAAAAGCAUCCCCACAUCAAGCGUGAAGUUGGGAAGCAAGGUUCACCAUUCAAGCAAUCUGAAAUUGACUGGCUUCUGCAGCAAAACCAAAUUGAAACUGUUCUCUCAUUUACAGCUCCCAGACAGGGUUGUCAAUAUCGUGCUAAUUACAAUGCUUUGGAAUAUACGCAUGGAAAUGUGCACAUUUUCGUGGGGGGCGAUAUGUAUGACCCUUACACAUCCGGUAAUGACCCUUCAUUUUAUUUGCAUCAUUCAUUCGUCGACUACAUUUGGGAGAUGUACAGACAAGAAAAACAGACGCGAUAUCAGCGUGAGAACGAUUAUCCCUUAGAUAAUCAAGCAUGCAGCAGUGCACUGCACUUUGGUUCAGCCUUGAUGCGACCUUUCACUCCUCUUCGCAAUAUCGAAGGUUUGAGCAAUAAGUAUAUCGAUAAUAUGUAUGAAUAUGCAUCUCGGCCAACUUGCCAAAGUGGACAAAACUGUGGGUCAAAAUACUUAUUUUGCGACUUAUCGCACGGACGACCACACUGUGUAUCACAAGUUCGAAGCGGGGGUCGAUGUGAUGGAUUUAUUAAUGGUGAAUCGGUAUGUCAUGAGGGAGUUUGUGUCAAUGGACGAUGUGUUCCUAUAGAAACUACUAAUACUAAACCAGUAACGUCACUUGCACCAAUUGCGGCACCCACUACCAGAGCACCCACAAUAUCUGUGCAGACGAACUGUUUUAACGAGCACGAAUGCUGCCAGGUUUGGGCUCAACAGGGAGAAUGCAAUCGCAAUGCUAAUUAUAUGCGUGAAUGGUGCAAGGUUUCCUGUCGCAUUUGCCUGCCAAGUUUCAACGGAACCGAGGAAUGCUCGAACCAUCAUCAAAAUUGUGACUUGUGGGCGAGGACUAAUGAAUGUACAAAAAAUCCCAGAUGGAUGAGCGAAAAUUGCCGCCGAAGUUGUGGUCGGUGCGGUCGGACGAGAGUCGAAGUUUGUACUGGCGGCAGGCAAGCAACAGCAACCACACCACUGCCCACAGUGACAUCACGGACGGCAGCUAUGACAACAACAAGAACAACUACUGCAACUCGACCUCGAGAUCGACCUCAUCCUCAUCGUCCUAACUUACUGCAUUGCAAUUCACCCGGAUGCUAUAAUGAAAAUGUCUGUUGUCCCUUGUGGAGUUUACAAGGUUAUUGCUCCAGAAAUGCAACUUGGAUGGCGUGCAAUUGUAAAGUAAGCUGUGGCCUGUGUAUUUCCAGUGAGUAUGACUAUGGAACGUGUAAUGAUUACCACCGAAGUUGUCCUAUAUGGGCGAUGCAAGGGGAAUGCCAAAGAAAUGCAUGGAUGCUAGAAAACUGUCGACGCUCUUGUCGUUCUUGCUUUGAUCAGCUGCAGCUACGGAUGAGAUGUCGCAGCAGUUUCAGCAUGAUACGUUUUGUUCCAAGCAAUUUCGAUUACUACUACUAUGAUAUUUUGUAA